AUGAAAGCCGUUCUAUUUUUAUGUGCUUUAUCAUUCGUCCUUUCUGAGAAGACUCUCAAUAACCAGUUUCUAACUGGAGUUCUUGAGGGUGCUGACUUAAUCUCAAAAGUUGACGCACUUACCUGCAAUUAUUCACCAAGCGACGAUGACCAGGAGAAUAAAUUCACCAGCGCUUGGGAGAAGUUUGUUGUUGACCUCGUUGACAUUACCGUCAAUUGCAAGUUUGAGUACGCUUUGAGACCAAUCACCAAUCUUAGAACUUCUGAAAAAAUGAUGGCUAAAGCCCAACAAAAGUUCGAAGACGCCAAAGCCAAAGGUCAAUUCCCAGUUUUGUCUGAUAUUAACAUGUAUGGAAAAAUCCUUGGUGCAUGGCUUACUGAAUUCAUGAGGAUGGCUUCUCCAAGUGCUUUUAAGUUUUCAUAUGAGUCUCCUUCAAUAGUAGCCCUAGCUGACAGUUCUGCAUUGCCUAUUUUAUUUUUCCAUGGAAUUAACGGAGCUUGCACUGAUUCAAACUACGUAGAAUUCGGGGAUUACCUAACUUCCCCCUCAGUGAGUGGAAAAAGAUUUGUUCGCUCAAGGAGGGGUAGUCAUGAAAAAAUUCUGAUGGGCAAAUUUCACUAAUUUGAAAUCUAUUUUAUACGAUUGGAUAACUUUUAAUGCUAUUAAUUCACAAUAUCAUUUUUUUUGAAGGGGUUUUUUUCAUACAAAAAUAACAAAAAGUAGACUGUGGUUUUACAGCAUGGCUUUAAAGGACAAUUUUUUGUGUUUUGGUUUUUCAUGCGAUUUUAAAAAAUUCGAAGAUUUUCAUUCAUUUUUAUAGGUUUCAAAAUUAGUAAAUUUUAUAUUAAUUUUUUUUUUUGAAAUUUAAAAAAUCCAUUUUCACAAAAAUUGGAAAGCAAAAUUAAUUUAAUUUGUAAAUUUAUAUUUUAAAAUGCAAACUUUCAAAAUUAAACAGAUUAGCUAAUUUUUUCAUUUUAAUAAUUGUCACUUAUAUAUCAAAAUUUUUGAAUAAAUAUUUUUAUAUUAAAAAUGAUUUUUGUUUGCCCACGGAGGGAGAAUGUGUUUUUGGAAAAAAAAAUAGGAAUUUUCCAAUGUUUUUUAUUCGCUCACGGACGGGGGGAGUAAGAGAGCAACUUGGAACUUAUGUCUCUUGCAUCGAAAUAGGCAAUGGAGCUCAAUCAAGCAUCUUGAUGUCGAUGACUGAUCAAGUCAAUGAAGCCUGCACCAAAGUAAAAGCCGACCCUAAUUACCAAGGAUCAUUCAAUUUAAUUGGUAUUUCUCAAGGUGGAAUUGUAGCUAGAGGAGUUUUCCAGCACUGUUCUGGACUUCAAGUCAAUAAUUUAAUUACUAUUGGGUCACCAGUUAUGGGCGUUAAUAAAUUCCCAAGCUGCGAAUUUGGUAUAAAAUGUUCCAUUUAUAACAAUGCUGCUAGAUUAGGAGCUUAUUCUAGCGCUUUUCAAGCUCUUGGGCCUGGUGGAUAUGUUAAAGAUCAGUAUCAGUACCAGACUUACCUUAAGAAGAGCAGCUUUUUGGCUGAUUUAAAUAACGAAAGAAGCAUCAAUCAAGAUUACAUUGACCUUUACUUGAGUUUGGGAUAUUUUGUGCAAUUUUUCUUCACCCAAGACACCAUUGUUAUUCCAAAGCAAAGUGAAUGGUUUGGCUACUUCAAAGAAAAUUCUGAAAUAAUGCAAGCUUAUAACGAAACUUUGGACUAUGUAAACAACUAUCUUGGCGCCCAAAACAUGGAUGCUGAAGGAAAGAUUAUUAGAACUUUAAUUGAAGCUGGGCACUGCAUAUAUACAUAAAAUGACGAUCUAACUCACCAGACCUUUUGAUAUAUUUUUCUCAAACUUAUGGUUAAGGCCCAUUGGGAGAGAAAUAAGUAGAGAUUCAGGCUAGAAAAAGGAUUAUGUAUAUAUAGGUAGGUUUUGAUAUAGUUCCUGUAGUUGGAAAGAGGCAACCUGUCAAAGUUCAUGGGACCCCUUUAAGAUGGACUUCAUCACAAUACCAAGGGUUGGAGCCUGGGCUUGGCUAAGCAUUUUAUGAACCACCUAGUACUCGUUUACUCCAAUGUUUCUCCCUGAAUCAAGCUACUUCAAUUGUCCAUGGUCCGAAAGAAUCAAGGUGGUGCUAGAGGCAUUAUCUCAGCAGAUCAAGUGUCCGGCAGGGGAGUCGCAAAUCGGAUGAACUCGCAAGAGUUUUUGGUAAUUGUGCAAUCAAAGGGGCUACGCCCAUCUGCCAAUCCAGAUUAAGAUUAAGAAGCUGGGCAUUGCGAUUUAACUCAUGAGCAGGUUAACCAAUACCUCAUUCCUUAUCUUCAAUAA